UCCUCACAUAGCUCUAGUCUCCAGUCAUUCCACUGCUCCGUACCACAUUACUUUUGUGUCAAAGUUAGACUUUUCCCUCUCUCUCUAUCUCCACAGGACUGGGUGUGUCUGGAUGUAAAGAGGGGACAUUCUGUAUUGUCGAUACAGGACGAGCAACCAUGGUGAAACAGAGAUCCCCAGUGUUCCCUCACACCCCUGUGCAAGUGGUCUCAGCCGGUCUCCAGUGAGGACUCUCCACCUCUACCCCCCUCCGUCCUGCGUAAUGGUUUAACCCACACUAGAUCUGGUCACCAUGAUGAUGGCCUCCAUGGUUGCCAACGGAAACAGGGAUGGCAGACAGGGGGAGGCCCUGGUCCUGAAAGGGGUGGACCCAGAGACCUGCAUGAUCGUGUUCAAGAACCACUGGGCACAGGUGGUAAAGAUCCUGGAGAAGCAUGAUCCUCUCCGCAGCAACACCAGCAGCAACAUGGCUGCCCUUGGUGUCAUCGGCCUCUCCAGCGGCGGCCCCAUGCGUUUCGGCGGGCCCAUCCCGGSGGACGAGGCCAGCGCGGUGCAGAACUACGUGGAACACAUGCUGUUCCUGCUCAUGGAGGAGGACGCCGGCCAGGCGGGAGCCAUGGGACCCAUCCUGGAGUUUGUGGUGAUGGAGAACGUCAUGGAGAGGCUCUUCCUGUGGAGCCUGAGGCGACAGUUUACUGAUGAAAUGAAACUGGAGCAGCUCAAGAUGUACGAGAUGAUUGUGGGCCAGGCGCGGCAGCCCUUACUGCACCACAAACCUGUGUUACGACCCUUAAUGAUGCUCCUGUCGUCGUGCUCGGGGACAGCUGGCCCGGAGGUGGAGGCUGAGCUGGUGUCAUUACUCAACCAACUGUGCUGUGUCCUGGCCAAGGACCAGUCUGUUCUGGAGCUCUUCUUCCAUACCAGCGAGGACCAGGGGGCGGCCAACUUCCUGAUCUUCUCCCUGCUGAUCCCCUUCAUCCACCGGGAGGGCCUGGUGGGCCAGCAGGCCCGGGACGCCCUGCUCCUCAUCAUGUCACUGUCUGCAGAGAACCAGCGCGUGGCCCAGCACAUCGCAGAGAACACCUACUUUUGUCCGGUGCUGGCCACGGGGCUGAGCGGUCUCUACUCGUCUCUGCCCACCAAGCUGGAGAUCCCCUGUAAUCACAUGAUGCUGAGCCAGAGACGCGUGGUGAAGGAGAGAGAUUUCUACUCUGUGUCGGCCGCUAAGAUCCUGGCGCUCACACCCUCCUGCUGCUCCCCCGAACACAGCCCCCCACCCCUCAGACAGCUGGACUCCAUCCUCUGGUCAAAGGGUACAGACAACAGUCCUAACACUGGCACCAUGGAGACCGUGGAUACCUUUUUGGAGGAGGAUGGCUCGAGUUACUCCUGCGUCAUCGGCUCUGAGAUCUACUUGGACGUCAACUACCUGCACUACCUUUACAACGCCCGCCUGGGCAUCAGCAGCUGCACCCGGGCCUGCCAGGUGUGGUCGGCCCCCUAYGAUGGAGAGGMCCCCCCUCCAGAGGAGUACCAACCCAGUGCCCUGGAGGAGGCUGGGGCCAGGGGACGCCAAGCCCAGACGGUCAACCCCAAGAGGUCACAUCCACAUCCACGGCCUCGUSCCCCCUGCCCGCCCCAGACCACAGMCCCAGCCCCUACUAAUCAACUAGAGCUGGAGUGGGACGAUAGUUAUGAUGCCGGUCCGGUGGUGUCCCCCGAGGCUGCUGAGAGUAGUAGACCUCCACAGCCGCCUGCAGCCGAGCCGCCCAAACACAUCCAGGAGAUGAGGAGGACUGCCAUCAUGCUGGUUAAGGGUUCCUACAUCGAGGAGUCCGACUUCCAGGAUGAUGUCAUGGUCUACGACCUUGUGGCAAAGAAGGACGCCCGCGAUACUGUGGAUCGCCGCAGACCCAGCAGGGAGACACUACCGGAAUCGGAGGAAUCUGAAAUGGACUCAGAAUUUAACCUUGAGGAGKACCAUUUCAAAGAAUCCAGUCUGCAGGAGAAGGAUGAGGUCYCCCUCAGCAAUGGCCUGAGUCUUCCCCUCCAUCCCACCAACAUGGAGGUCAACAGCUCGGAGGUCACAAAGGGGUCAAAGGAGGUCAAAGCUCAUGUUGCGGACCACAACUCCAACCUACAGAGCCCCUCGGCUACUGAGGUGGGGGACGACCUCAUGGAUCAGUAUGAGGAGCUGAUUCGUACGCUGGGCAGCGACGAGGCYGGGACUGGGGGGAGCAGCCCUGUGAAAACGGUGGACAAAGAGUUCCGGAAUCCUGUUGUCACCGCCAUGGAGGAGGACGAGGUGGACUUCAGCUCCUUCUCUAUGGAUACGCCAGAGCUGGAGAAGCAGCACUCGUCCCUGUUUGACACCAAGCUCCGCAGUGGGAGCACUAGGAGCCAUUCGGUGCCUUUUACAGGGCCAUUUGUCAGUGUGCUGUUGUCACGUCUGGAGAACAUGCUGGAUAACUCUCUCCAUGUCAACCUCCUGCUGACUGGUAUACUGGCCCAGCUGGCUGCCUACCCCCAGCCCCUGCUGCAAUCCUUCCUCCUCAACACCAACAUGGUGUUCCAGCCCAGCGUGCGCUCACUCUAUCAGGUACUAGCCUCCCUUAAGAACCAGAUAGAGCAGCAGGCCUCGACCAAGAAGGACUUCCCAGAGCUGAUCACCUCCGCCCAGCACUGCCUCCUGGCCAGGGAGAGUUCAGUCAAGGGUCAAGAUACAAACUGCGGAGACAGCCGAGAAUGUUCCCCCCUGGAGGCAGGAAGGAUGAUGAAGAGCUCUCCUCCUCCCCAGCCCAAGACCAUUUCCCUGGCCAGGACCGAGGUCUUUGCUACCGUCCUCUUCACGGAGUUCCUCAAAGAACUGGCGGCCAUUGCGCAGGAGCACUCGAUACUAUCGCACGUCCCUAUGGAGGAAUAACGAUAUAAUAACAUUGUAAUAAUAAUGUUUUAMUAAUGUUAUGGCAGCAUUGUCUCACAGSGAAGGAGUGAGUGUCUGUCCCUGACCUGUUGUGUGCACUCGGGUCAUUUUAAACGUUUUAAAAAGACUCUUUGAAAGUUUUUCAUGUUUUCCAACACUACUUGAUGAAGAAAACUAUACCUCUUGGAUUGAUUCACUCAUCUUUUAUCUCUCUCCCUGAGGUAGUUUUUAAAUUGGGUUAUAUAUAUAUAUAUUUGAGGCUAAUAUAUUUUUCCAAACCAAUAUAUAAAAACGGCGGGCUCUGAUGUACAGUAACACAUAACUUACAGGAAUCUCUCACCCAUUUGAUGCAUUUGCCAUUGAUACCCUCAGACAGACUCAUAUGUAUAUGGUUCUGCCCUCAGAGAGUUGUAUGCAUAGGCCUAUGYCACAUCCAAGGAGCAGGUCAUGUGAUUUAYAAUGACUGKAAAGUACUGACCUACUUCAAGCCUUUGGUGGAACCCCUGCACCAACCAAUAAGAAUGCUGAAAUGGAAGCUUGGGGCUAAUCGACCAAAGACUGAAUAGAAUGGAACCGGCUGAAUGGAACAAUGGGAAGUUAAUGAUACACAAAGGACACAUCACCUGUCCCUUCAGGCUUUUAGACUUACAAUAUUGCAUUCAUAAAUGUCAGUGUACUGCCCUGGUAGCAACACCCUCUCCAGUGACCAGCUCUAGUUGUCUUGUAGUGAUGGCCACCGUACAAUAGGGACUUAUACGUGGCCUUACCGAAAUCUCUGGUGGUGCCGUGGUGUCACCCUGGGGUUGCAUGCUGUACUGGAAAUAAUCAGGAGCCUAUUUUGUCAGGAUCUCUCCCUGCGGAGUAUUUAUCACUAAUCAAAUGUUAUUUGUCACAUGCUUCGUAAACAACAGGUGUAGACUAACAGUGAAAUGCUUACUUACGGGCCCUUCCCAACAAUGUAGAGAGAAAGAAAAUAGAGAAAMAGUGGGAAAGUAAUAAUAAAUCCACAAUGRGUAACGCUAACUUGGCUGUAAACACGGGGUACCAGUGACAAGUACCCUAGCAGCACCACUCURAACUACUGGUUAGCGCGUUAGAAGUGGGAUGCUAGUGGGAGUCCCAAUCAUCUCAUACUUACUUUCUGAGUUGGUGUAGACCAUGGCAUUCCCUAAUGUUAUGUAUCUGGUGGUCGUUGUUCAAAACUCUUGACUGAAGGAGAGGCCUAGUAACUUUAGACGAUCAGGCUCACUGUACAAAACAAGUUUGUGUUUCGCUAAAUACCUUAAAUCAAAGACUUUCUUUGUUCAAUAGACCUAUUUCAAUUAUGUUAUGUUUUCAAUGCACAUUAGAUAUUCAAGUUAGAAGUUGUUUUUUUUWAUUUUGGGGUGUACUUAAGGACACUGGGUUCUUCUGACGUCAGUUCUCAAUGCUGCGGCUAACUCCAUUUUCCCAUGGUGCACCAGGUCCUGUCCACUGAAUGCACGUUAUUUAUAAUGAUAUCUCUCUAAAAGGAGCUUUCCAUAUCAGGGUGAUGCACUCAAUGUUGGCAUCCAAAACAACACCUUAUUUCCUAUGUAGUGCACUACUUUUGACCRUAUAAAUCAAGAKUAGUGCACUAUWUGGGGUAAUGGGUGCCGUUUGGGAAGCCCUCAAUGWCUUAGCCUUAUUUUAGUACUUUWUGUAUAUAAUUGGGAAAAAUAAUCAAAGAAGCAGCACACUAUGCAAAUCAUUAUUGAUAUUUGAGGUAUAAGAGUACUUUAUUACGUUUUGUUUCCUGAUGGGUUUGGGUAUUUAAUACAGAAUGUACUUAAUGUCACAAUAAUGGAACUGUUUUGUAGAGAGGUUCUAUUGCCAUAUUUUUUCACAGAAGUUGUAACUUCUGUCUUCUCGUUGCUGUAUUAGGGUAUGCAUGUUUCUUGUAUGUUUUUAAGAGUCAAGUUGGGAGAAUUGGAAUACGUCACUGUUGGUUGGUUCAAUAAUGAUUUGGCACAUUCAUUUUAGCAUUGAGUGUUGGCCAACUCUCACAGGAAGACAUGGGUAGCCUGAAAUCCAAGCUGAUAUGCUCCAUUUCACCAAUGUUUAAGUUUGAAUUCCAGACUAAGACAUGGUCUACCAUUAGCAACAAAUAAAUAGCCUUGGUUUUAAUUGACUUCAUUUUAUUUAAGGUUUUGAUUUCAACCAAGGAGACAUUUUGUUACAAUGCCUGUCCCUAUUAAAUCGGUAUGUUAGGAAAGAACUACUUGGUGCCUGAAUUUUGAAUGAAGUUCCUCCUGUUGCUUACAGUGUCUACUCUGGGCUAAGCAUGGUCAUGUUCAGUAGGCAUAAAAGUGAGCUUAUCCAUUUAGAAAUGCUCUUUUUUGUUUUCGGUUGCAAAACUUUUUCCUAUGGUGCAUCCUAACGAACAUGACCCAGAGGAUGAAUGUGGAUGCAGCUGCGAAGUCAAGAAUAUACCACUGUCUGCUCGAACUAGUCCACAAAUUGGACUGAUGGACAGUUAUGGAAUGCAUCAUUUCUUGCCAUUGCUACAUUUGGUGAUGUACUCCAUAUUUUCUUGUAGUAGAAUGUUGUGUGGAGCACAUUUAUUUCAACCAAAUUUAGAGGCACAGUUCUCUUCAGCUGCAUAGAGGUUUCAUUCCAAAGAGAAGUAGUCUAGUUUCUCCCUUUCUACAACUAUUAGCAUCCAUUUUAGAUGUCAGCGAUGACCUUGUCAGGUUACUCCAGUGUGUAUUCUUCUGUCAUUAAAGUCAGAGGUUCCAAGGAAUGAUUACUUUAAUAAAGACAUGUAUUAGUGUA